GAUACUACUCUGAUGCUUUGUGGAUACUGAUCCCCAGUUCUAGUAAUGAGGGUGUGUAAAUGUCCCCUUGUAGUAAACCGUGUCUGCAGGACAGCGGACAAUGCGACAGGCUUCCUGUGUGACAACAGACUGACCUGUAUCCCGCCCUCUGACCUCUGUAACGGGGUCGUGACCUGCCCCAAAGGAGCCGAUGAGGACACACACAUGUGCAGUGAUCUUCCCAACAACCUUCCAGGUGGUCUUGUGUUUUGAUGUGGAAACCCUCAGUUCUGGGUCUUUACUGACAAGAAGUGUAACAACUUCAAUGACUGUGGGGACUGCUCUGAUGAGAUUGGGCCUUGUGAGUUGUAUUAUUCAAAUUUCCGAGUCAAGUUUAAUGCUGUUUUCUUCGCCUACAGAUUACCGUCAUGUGGCCUGUGCUUCUCAUCUCCCCUCUACAGAUGCUGGCUGUGCCCCUGUGGUGUGUACUGGUGGCCCUGCAUACCAGUGGACUUCCAGUACUGUUCCUGCAUCCCUCGCUGUCUGUGCCGUGAUGGACGCCAGCACUGCUACGACUGGUCUGACGAGUACACCUGCCCCAAAAGUUUAACCUGCUAGACUAAGGUGACCAGAUUUCUGAAAUGAAAACCGGGGACAUUUCCAGUUCAGUGGUCAAUAUAUCAUUAAAAUAUCCAAUGUUAUUAUCUAUUAUAUAUCAUUUCAAUAUAUCAUUAAAAUAUCCAA